ACUGAAGAGGCGUUGCUCGUUGGUUUCUGCUCAUUGUGCGACUUCGGCGAGAGAAAUUUCCGCUUCCUGCACCGACAAACACCAACCAACACGCACCGAGCAGACACCAAGUUGAGGCGCAGGCGGAGGGGGGUGGAUAGCGAGAGGACACACAAGGCGGACGCGAGGGAUUCACCGCCUGUCUUCGGGUUCAAAACCCCCGGCGACUGCGAUGUGUUCACUACCAGGCGGCGAAUAGCACGAAACGGACCAACUUUCCGUUUUGCAUUGUACGCGGGAGCCUUUUUACGCAUUUGCACCACCAGGAGCCUGACAAAAUAAGCUAAAGGAAGGAGGAGGAGGCACCCAACAAUAAAAAACAAAAAACACAGACACACGGAGAAGCCAGGCUACUACGGGUAUUCCUCCUAUCAGCUCCGCCUGAAAGCCCGUUUUCAGCCUCCAGGAUGUCGGAGCGAGGAGGGCUCCCGCGGACUGGGGGCGUCCCUUCGCCGCACAUGCAGCCCUCCAAGCCGGUCAGCAUCACCUCCAACCGGCCGGUCCACAUGAACCUGUACGCUACCUGGGAGGUGGACCGCUCCUCACCCAGCUGUGUGCCGAGGCUGUUCAACCUGACUCUGAAGAAGCUGAUCAUGCUGAAGGAGCUGGAUAAAGACCUCACCUCUGUGGUCAUCGCUGUCAAGCUGCAGGGCUCCAAGCGGAUCCUGCGCUCCAACGAGAUCCUGCUGUCCUCAGCGGGGCUGACGGAGACCGACCUACAGCUCACCUUCUCCCUGCAGUACCCACACUUCCUGAAGAGGGACGCCAACAAGCUUCAGAUCAUGCUGCAGCGACGGAAGCGAUACAAGAACCGGACCAUCCUGGGCUACAAGACCCUGGCCUUGGGACUCAUCAACAUGGCCGAGGUGAUGCAGCACCCCAGUGAGGGGGCCCAGGUCCUGGGGCUCCACAGCCAGCUGAAGGACGCGUCGGUGCCCGUCGCUGAGAUCCGAGUCUACUCCCUGUCCAGCCAGCCCAUCGACCAUGAGGGACCCAAAGCAAAGAUGUCUGAUCGCUCUCCAGACAUUGACAACUACUCUGAAGAGGAGGAAGAGAGCUACUCGUCAGAACAGGAAGGCAGCGACGACCCCAUUCAUGGACAGUAUCUAUACGACGAAGAAGAGGAGGUGAGGAAGAAGAAGCCGAGGCGUAAGCUCCCCUCCAAUGCCGCCAUCACCAGACAACCCAACAUCAAGCAGAAGUUUGUCGCCUUGCUGAAAAGGUUUAAAGUCACAGAUGAGGUUGGUUUCGGCCUGGAGCAUGUGUCGAGGGAGCAGAUUCAGGAGGUGGAGGAAGACCUUGACGAGCUGUACGACAGUCUGGAGAUGUACAACCCCAGCGACAGCGGCCCUGAGAUGGAGGAGACCGACAGCAUCCUCAGCACACCCAAACCUAAGCUACGGCCUUUCUUUGAGGGAAUGUCCCAGUCCAGCUCCCAGACGGAGAUCGGCAGUCUGAACAGCAAAGGCAGUUUGGGCCGAGACAUUUUCAGUCCGCAGGGGGAGCAGCCUUCUCUAGAGAAGAUGAAACCCUCCCGCAGCCGCAACCUGGAGGAGGCGUUGUCUGAGACCGACACACUGGAGCUAACAGAUCAGGAGCUGUUUGCUGAGGUGGGCCCCUGCAUCAUGGUGUCAGUGGCAGAGAAACCCCGUACACCCCUGAAGAGCAGCAAAAGUGAAACCCAGGCCAUGCCAUCACCAAGGUUGGACGGAGGACACACACCCCGACAGAAGCGUGUCAGCACUCCAAUGAAGGAGAGACAGCUGUCCAAACCUCUGAGUGAACGGACCAACAGCUCGGACUCGGAGAGAUCCCCGGAGCUGGGACACAGCACACCACUCCUGAGGAAGGUAGUGUACGACCAACUAAACCAGAUUUUGCUGUCCGACUCUGCGCUCCCAGAGAGCCUCAUCUUGGUCAACGGCACUGACUGGCAGGGGCAGUAUGUUGCAGAGCAGCUGCAGGUACAGAGACACCCUGUGGUCUGCACGUGUUCGGCGGCCGAAAUCCAGGCCGUGCUGUCCGCUGUGCUCACUCGCAUCCAGAAAUUCUGUAACUGUAACUCGUCCAUGCCUAGAGCGGUGAAGGUGGCGGCGGUGGGCGGCCAAAGUUACCUGGGAGCCAUCCUGCAGUUCUUUGUCACUCAGCUCGCCAACAAAACAUCCGACUGGCUUAACCACAUGCGCUUCCUGGUUGUGCCUCUGGGCUCCCAUCCGGUUGCCAAGCACCUCGGGGCCCUUGACAACCGCUACAGCUCUUCCUUCCUGGACGGGGCUUGGAGAGACGUGUUCAGCCGCUCUGAGCCGCCACAGACAGAUCAGUUGGAUGUAGCGGCAAGAAUCGCCCAGUACAUUAGCGGGGCCACAGUCACACACCAGCUGCCCAUCGCUGAGGCCAUGCUCACCUGCAAACACAGGACGCGAGAUGAAGACUCCUACCAGAAGUUCAUUCCUUUUAUAGGGGUAGUGAAGGUUGGUCUUAUCGAGUCCGGACCUUCUCCCACAGGAGAUACAGAAGAAGGCGUGGCGGUGAGCUUGGCUGUUCCCUCCACGUCUCCCCCCUCCCAUGGCUCACCCACGGGGAUGAUUAAAGAGGCAGCCACGCCCCCCUCCUCCCCCUCCAUGGGCAGCGUUCUGACUGCACAAGGAAGUCCCAGUAUGUCUCACGGCGUGGACGCCAUUGGCCUGCAGGUAGAUUACUGGCUGGCCUCCCUGGCUGAGAAGCGGCGGGAGGGCGACCGGCGCGACACAGGUUGCAAGAACACACUAAAGAGCGCCUUCCGCUCGCUGCAGGUCAGCAGGCUACCAGGCGAGGGCAGCAGCGACCCACAGGCCCAGGUCAGCACCAUGGCCAUGACCGUGGUCACCAAGGAGAAGAACAAGAAAGUUCCAACCAUCUUCCUGGGAAAGAAGCCAAAGGAGAAGGAUGUAGAUUCAAAGAGCCAGGUCAUUGAAGGCAUCAGCCGACUCAUCUGCUCCGCCAAGCAGCAACAGACCAUCCUGAAAGUGUCCAUAGACGGCGUGGAGUGGAACGACGUUAAGUUCUUCCAGCUGGCUGCCCAGUGGCCCACUCACGUCAAAUACCUACCUGUCGGACUUUUCGGCUACAGCAAGCCUCCCUCCUAGGGGUGAGCACCCGCCGACUCCUCUGACCCUCAUUUGACCUUCGACUUUCCUCCAUCCUGUCACACCUUUGGGCAAAGACCCCGCCCCUCAGUACCUGCAGAGCGGAGAGAAGACGUCGAACGGCUGGACUAUUUUUCUUUCUUUAGUUUCUUUUUGCUACAGUCGUCUUGUUUCUGUUUUGGGACGGAGAUAAGGAAAGGAGGUGUUGGGGUGCCGCGCUGUUACUAGUCACUUUAAUGCCCCUUUUUGUGAGUGCGUGAUGAGUGUGCAUGCACACGUGAAUGUACAUGUGUGUGUGUGUGUGUGUGUGUGUGUGUGUGUGUAUGUGUGUUUACAAGGGGCUUACAGCACAAGUUUAUUAGCUUACUGCCAUUUACGUUUCCGUUCUAUGGAAUGCAAUAGCAUGCAACAACUCACCGAUUUCAAGCCCUUAAAGUCCAACCCUCAACUUUUGACUUCCGAGUUCCCAAUCACCUCCAGACCUGGUCCACACGUGCAUGCUCCGAACUAACAGAUAACACCACUCAUGUGCCGGGAACAGUAACAUUAAAACAAAAAUAGAAAAAUAUUGAAAAUGCAACAGGGCUUCAGUGUUUGCAUGAGCCAGUUAAAACACAAAGAAAAGUCUCACAAAUUGCAGUCAAAUAAAAGGCUUGCAUGUGAUAAAUUUCUCUUUUACAUGUUCUCCGAUGCCCUUCCAGUCCAAUUCUUUCUUUCUUUUUCAUUUCAAGGGCUUCCAUAUAAUUUAAAAUAUUUUUUUUCUGUACCAAAAUAAGUCAUUUGGAUGUUGAAUGCCAAGCGUUUCCUAUCAACAAAAAAAAAAAAAAAAGAAUAUCUAUAAAAGGGAAGUGUCUUUUUUUUUUAAAUUGUGCUCUAGUUAAAAAUAGUAAAACCUUCCCUUUAAACCAGUUUUGUGAAGAGUUGCAGGGCAGGGGCUACUGUAACAUGCAAUUUUCAUUAUCUUCUUAUUUGCUAUGCACUUAUGAAUACACAUCUGGGUGUUUGCAGCCUACAGCUGGGGAAAAAUAGACGAAGCCUCUCAACAGCAGAGCCAACAGGAAACUGAAACAACAAAAUGCUUAUUUAAACAGUUCAAAUCUCAGCAGCGUUGAUGGGAAUAUGAUGGGGAAAGAGUGUCCCCCCCCCCGUAUAAACUCUACUUUUCCACAAGUAUCCAUACGGCGAAAAAUCACCUACAAUAAAGCACAAUGUCGUCUGCCAGUUGUCCCCCAAAUUUCUUUAUUGGCAACAGACUGGCAGCUUUCUAUUCAGUGAAAACAGCGGACCUGGUCGAAAAUCAAUUUUUUAAAGCAUUUCUCCUUAAUAACCUUCAUUUUAUCAAGUAAAAAAAUAAAAGACGUAUUUGCAUUGGUUUCAGUUAUUGUGGCACAGGUCUUCUACACGCUUUCUCUAGGAUGUCGUGAGGUGAAUAGUGACUGUACAGUAACUGGUAACACGUGUGUGUGUGUGUGUGUGUGUGUGUGUGUGGUGAAAUAAAUGUAAUGUGGUCAGAAACUUUAAAAACAAAAAAUCACUAAAAAGGAGGAAUACUUUUUCUACCAUGUGACAGAGAGGGCAUGCAAUUGGUGUGUGUGUGUGUGUGUGUGUGUGUGUGUUGGCACUGUGUGUUGAUGAUGUCAUUAUCAAUAUCACUGAUUAUCAGAUUAGGGCUGCAAAAGCUGCAGUAGUCGUCUUGUUUACUUUGUAGCCUGGCACAAGGCGAAUGCAAAUUUUUUUUUUUCCCACCACUAAACAACCUAGAAAACUAAACAAAAUCUUAAAUUAAAUUCACUUUUAUUGAAUUUAGGAAUUACAGGAAUGUAUCUACAACAGUGGUUUAUAACAAUAAUUGUUCUAAAGAGCAAUUUUCUUUUAAAUGCAAAGCCGUGUAGCUCUGCCUUGUGUCACCUACAUCGUAACACUCUCCAUCUCCAGUGAAGUAUUAGCGAAAUCGUUUUUUAUAAUAGUGUUAACGCCAACGUCUUGAUUUAAAUGCUGUUUUUGUUCGUUUUGAAAAGUAGAUUAGAGAGUUUUAUUACAGUGUUACGGUUGUGAUGUCGGCAGCACGUCUCAAACUCGGCUCAUUGUUCUGUUGGAUGGCACCUGUGACACGAGGUUUCACACUGAAGGGUUUCAGAGCUCGCUUUGUUUGUUCGCACUCUGUUUAACAGCUCAUCUGCCACGGCUGAACCACCACUCAGUUUGUGCGAUUUUAAAGUCCUCUCAAAUAUUUGAAUGUAUUGAAUUUAGUUUACAUGUCUUUGUGAACGACUUGAGGCACAAGUUAGAGUUGUGUGUCACUAUAAUAAAAUCAUUUGGUGUUAUUUGGACUAAAAGAGUUCAGUGCAGUGAUACGAGCGAGUUUGGAUACUUUUCUGUUUUUGUGUGUAAGUCUUUUUUCACUUGUGUUGCUGACAACCAUUAAGGGCUUGACAGACAGACGGACUGACUGACAGGUUUGAAUCAGUCCUGAAUAUAAGUGAACAUUAAUGUACUGUAGUUUGACGUUGAGGUUACUAAAUCAUUUCAUUCCAAAAUUGAUCACAUUUUAAAAUACUGACACUUGCUGUUGUGGAAGUGAACUCAAUCUGAAGAUCUUUGCUAAGAAAAAAAAGUACAAUCACUUUAAAAUAACCCAUACUUAGGAAGGGUUUAUAAUUUGCCACUAAUGACUUCAUUAAUGUUAUAAUGUAAUAAAGGUUGUGAGGCCAAAUUUCAAUGAAGUGUCCCUUUUGUACAUUAUAUCCACUUAUAUAUGUUUUAUAUUAACAGUUCAAAUGAGUACAAAUCCCACAGAAUCACCACAAAACACUUAAAUUUCAUCAAAGUACUCAAGAUUUUAUUCUCACUGGAACAAAUUGCUUGGGAUUUUUAAUGAAUUAACUUUCUACCGCAGUUUAAUUGCAAAAAUAAUUCCUAAAACGUCGCAAUCUCUUAGAAAAGCUGUCAUGAAAUUAGGCAUUUCAGGCCGCAACACUCCCAAAAUGAUAAUAUGUCAGUGUUGUGUUGUUUCUGCUGCCCCCAAGUGGCCAAAGAAAUUAAAAUAAUACUUUAAGUUUAGAUGUUAGCAGGUCAUUAUAAAGAGCUUUUUCUACUUACAUUUAACCAUUAGACCUGCAAUUGUGUCAGCACAGGUUAUGAGGAAGAUCUGAAGUCUAAUUCUACCAUUGGUGGAAUAUAUACUGUGGAUGGGCCAAAGGGAUCCUUCAUCAAAAUGUGGCAACGCAAAACUUCACUUACUUUAUGUGUUGUAAUAGCUCCUUCCAACCUGUUUAUAUCAUUUUAACCUUUAAUUAAGUCACUAGUGGCACACUUUAUUGUGAAAGGGAACCACAUUUUUAAAUUAGAAGAAUGGAUUUGGAAGAUUUAUAUAGAAGUUUUGGAAUUAAAUGCUUGAUCACUUUUACUUAACCUGUAACAAUGGUGGAUCAAUGAUCUUGUGUCUGCUGUUAGAGACAACCUCAACUAACUCAAAAUGCUCUUUGCCUUGUAGUGUUGUUAGCCUAAUUAUUGCAAUGAUGUUAAACUAAACCUUUCCUAAAUUGUAUAAAGUUAUAGUUUAUUGAUGCCUCUUUUGCUUGCAGCCUCCGCAGGGAGGUUAAAGGUCGGCUGACUCUCUCCGGGGCUCCCUGAUUGAACUGAACUUGGAAAUAUUCUACAGAAAGAGAGGCAUUAAAAACCAAAUCACUGCCAAAACUGAAAUGUAAAGAAAUUGGUGGUUAUAUUCAGAUAGAUUUGUGUGAGUGUGUGAGGGGGGGGGGGGGGUUUGCUCAUAAACUGAAAACACAUUAACAACAAAGUGAUCCUUGUUCUUUAGUCAUCAUUUCAAUGUUUGGAGGAACUGAAUGCUUUUUUUUAAACCACAGCCAUGUUCUGAAGCUUUUCUUGUCUUUGCCACCUUUAGACCGUCUUUCCCCUUCAUGCUUACCUUUUACAUGUUUUUCUAAACGCUGGUUGUUCUGUAUGUAAGUCUUGAACUUGUUCCUGUGUGUUUUUACCUGUACCUCUGUACCUGUGUGUGUUUGUGACGGUGUUAACGAUGGUUCCUCUGUCCCCUUGACUAGUCGUGGUUAGAGAUUAGGAGCUGUUUGGUCCAUCAAUAAUCUCUGUCAGUGAUCAGCAGUGUCUUUUCUCUCCACUGUCCUCAGAUAUAUGUCCCUCUGACGAUUGAGAGAGUCUUCUUCACCAGGCUUCCACAAGCUUAGCUUUCUGAAAUCAUCUUAAAUGAUAUUGUCCCCAUUCCCUCACAGCUUGUAAAUUUUGCUGUCUGUCCUCAUGGGAACGGGAUUUGCCUACGAAAACAGUAGACUUCUGCCUGACGAGGUUCUGCUCGGAGCAGAGCGUCCUAAGCUUGUGGACUUGUGGAGAGUAUUUUGCACAUGCCAUUGUUUCUUCAGCAGCAGUCUUCAGCUUUUUUGCCUUUUGCCUAUAACAAUAAUUAUAAUAAACUAUAAUGCUUGUACAUAUCAGAUAGUACUUGUUAUAUUGUAUUCUAGUUCUGUUUUUUUCUUUUUCUUAAUUUGACAUGUUUUGUAGUACUGCUUUUUCAUGAUUAUGUUUGUCAAUCAAACAGAUGUGGGAUGAAAAGUGUUUAUUGUUUCAUUUGUUUUUUAAAAUAAAAAUAUUCCUGAUUUGUA